AUGCCCAACCUGGGGGGCCCGAGCGGCAGAACGAGGAAACUGUACGCGAACAUAGUUAACUCAAUCGCGCUAUACGGGGCGCCCGUGUGGGCACAGGCAUUGACGAGCAACCGCAAAGCCAUAUCGGUGUUAAGGAAGGCCCAGCGCCGUAUGGCGGUCAGGGCCACGAGGGCGUACCGCACUGUUUCGCACGCGGCGGCAACGCUCAUGGCGCGGAUGCCCCCUGUGGAGUUACUCGCCAACACGCACGCUGAGAUGUACGCGAGAGUGGCAGAACUGAGGGCGAGGGGGGUCCUCGUCACAGCUAAGGAGAGAAGGCUGAUAAGCCUUCAACUCAAGACGGACGUCAGGGAGGAAUGGAGGGCCUGGUUGGAAAGACCGGACUGUGCCGGCCAGCGUACAGUCAGAGCCAUCCUUCCUCACUUCAACGAAUGGCUAGACCGGCCAUGGCCGAGGGCGUCCUUUAGGACGACGCAG